CUGAUGAUACUUGCUAGUAAUAUGACAAAGAGGAUGUUUAGGCUGGCAUUUUGAUAAUUCCCUUUUUGUGAAUUUGAUAACAGGUCAUAUGGUACGAUUGGCGUCAGUUGUCUAUUAUACAUCCAUGAAGUAUAUGUUAAUAUUUUCCGUCUUAAUUUGGGUUUAAUUUUUUUUUUCGACAUUUCAUUUACAGGUUUCAAAAAAUCAGCCUGGGAGAAAAAGGAAGCAGCCAUUGUCGUCUUCAGGUCCAGCAAAUAGCUCAGGAACAGCGAAUACAGCGGGUCCAUCCCCAAGUUCUGCUCCUUCAACUCCCUCAACUCACACACCUGGAGAUGCAAUCUCAAUGCCUGCUUUGCCUCACAGUGGUAGUUCAUCUAAACCUUUGAUGAUGUUCAGCAGCGACGGCACUGGCACUUUUACAUCCCCCUCGAAUCAGUUGUGGGAUGAUAAAGAAAUUGAAUUGCAGGCUGAUAUGGAACGCUUUGUGGAGGAUGGGUCUCUUGAUGACAACGUCGACUCUUUUUUAUCCCAUGAUGAUACGGACCCUCGAGAUCCUGUAGGGCGCUGUAUGGAUGGUGGAAAAGGAUUCACGUUUACGGAGGUGAAUUCUGUUCGAGCAAGCACGAGCAAAGUUUCCGCUUGCCACUUUUCAUCGGAUGGAAAACUGCUUGCUAGUGGUGGCCAUGAUAAAAAGGCCGUGUUGUGGUACACAGAAAAUUUAAAACCGAAAACUUCACUUGAAGAACAUCUUUCCAUGAUCACUGAUGUUCGUUUUAGUCCUAGCAUGCCCCGUCUUGCAACAUCAUCGUUCGAUCGAACAGUCAGGGUUUGGGAUCCCGACAAUGUUAGUGAUCAUCUAUCUGUCUUUCUCUCGAGUCUUUAUUCCUUAAUUAUUGGUCUUGCAUCAUUCAAAUAA